AGCUUGGGGAAGUGAGUCUCUCUUUUCUGGUAAUUAUUUAUUUUAUUUUAUUCUUGCUAAUCUAAUUGGCUAAUGGAUGGCACAUCACACUGUACGGACAUUAAAUGACGCGGUUUAGAGGAGGUCGGUCCCACUUAGCCAAUUUUCUUAUACGAUCGGUCAGCAAGUAUAACUUAUACGAGGAUGCUUGAGUGACUGGGCUGCAGAAGCACAUGAUUGCCUACAAAUACACCCAGAAACUCACCACACCUGCUUGCGCUCAUCACAGAUAGAUAGCCUUCUUGCACCUUUGCUAGAUCAGUGGAUCACCGCUCCAUUGUCUUCCUUUUCUUAGUUAGUUUAGAUAAUUUGAUCUUGUGACUUUGCUUCGGUUGUGGGAGUUGUUGGUAACUUUUGCUUCUUCUUUUUUUUUUUAUUAUUGUUCUUGCAGUUUCAAACAAAGUGCGUGAUAGAUGACAAGCUCAACAGUACCUUUUCCAUCUGCCCCAAAAGGCUAUGGAUUCCAUCCAACCGAUGAAGAAUUAAUCAACCAUUUCCUGAAGUUAAAAAUGAUGGGUGGCUAUGAUCACGAAGUUGCCAUAAUUGCCGAGGUUGAUGUGUGCAAUUCUGAGCCUUGGGAACUCCCUGGGCUUUCAGAAAUUCAGUCAAAUGAUACAGUGUGGUACUUCUUUUCUCCUCGCAAUUACAAGUACUCCAAUCGUAAGCAGGCUAAAAGGACUACUAAGGCAGGAUACUGGAAACUCACUGGUAAUGAUCGCAUAAUCAGGGCUAUGAGCACAGGGGAGGAAAUUGCUAAAAAAAAGUCUCUGGUUUUUUAUAAGGGUCGGGUUCCUAAUGGAGUCAGGACCAAUUGGAUCAUGCAUGAAUAUAAUCCGACUUUCAACUUCCAUAACCAGAAGGACUUCGUUCUCUGCAAACUGAAGAAAAAUUCAGAUGAUAAGCUAACAUAUGAAGAAGGUGGGUCAAGUUCCAAUAUGGCUUCUGAUUUUCCAAACAUUGUGACUGAGGAAGAUCAUCUGGAAGCAUUCCUCGGAGUUGAUGAAGGAUAUUAUAAUUGAACUCUGCCCAAUAGCUUACAAAUGGGAUUGUGUACUGAGAAAAUCCCCCUCCGACAACGAGUUUUCGAUCAUCUAUGUCUGUCAGCCUGUGCUAUAUAGUGCUUACAGUAGCCAACUUUAUGUUCUUAAAUAAGUUAAUAUUUUGGUACUUGUAUGUAUGUGUUAAACGUGGGAAUGGUCAGAGUUCAUAUGCAUUGUGUGUAGCAGAUAAGCCAUAGGAACAAAUUACCUCUAGUUGUUCUUCAUGGUGUUUCUACUUGCUUGUUUUGCUAGAGUGGAAUUUAAUGCAUUUUAUGUAUGUUAAGCUAA